AUGUCUGUAAAUCAGAUAAUUGAAUAAGUGUUAACAAGCAUGUUAGAUUCUGAAAAUACAGACUAUAAAUUAUCUAAGAAAUCUUAGAUAUUAGAAUUAAUUGAAAGAGAUGAACUCUUAGUCAUGGAAAGAUAAUGGCCAUCAAAACGAUUAAAUAUGGUUGAAUUUAUAAAAUUGAUGAUUCCUAUUGUACAUCACAAAUAAAGUGAACUUUUGUAUCUAGUGAUGGGAUUGAUAGAGUUAUAUAAAGAUGUUGUAGCAAUAAGUUAAUAGAAUGAACUUAGUUUAUAAGAUGUUACAAGUUAUGUAUGUUAAGUAGAUACUAGUGAAAAUACAAUGGUACCUUAAAGACUAAUAUCAGAUCCUAAGAAAUUCAAUCUGAACAAAACAAGAAUCAGAGAAAUUGAUGUGGUAAGUUAUAAAUUUGACUAUUUUAGGAAUCAGCUAAAAUUAUUGGUAGUAGUGAUAAUGAGAUAUUUCAUAUAGUUCCAAAUUCAUUAUAAAAUGAUUCAAUUAGACAUCAUAAUGGAAUUGUUCAUACAGGUGUUUUUUGCAACAAAUCAAUAAUUACACUUGAUAGUUUAGAUUCUAAAAUUAAUAUAUAUAAUGUAGAUGGUUCAUUAAAAUAAAUGGUUAAGAUAUCAUAACAUGAAGAUAAAGAAACUAUCAUUUUGAGUUUUGCAUGGUCUGAUAGAUAACAAAGAGUAAUUAUAUUAAAUACAUUCAGAUUGGAUUAACAUUGAAAUCACAUUCUAUUUGUAUGUAUGAAGGUGACUUUAAAAAAUAUAGAAUAUUUUCUACUGUUUUAGCAUCCCAAGAAUAUUAAACUAAUAUCUGGUUUUUAGAGAAUUAAAAUCAAUGGGUUACAACUGAUAGUACUUUUAGAUUAUAUUUUUGGGAUCUAUUGAAUGAAUCAGCCAAUCUAAUAUUCUAAAAUAAAUGUAUUUAAGGAAAUAUUAUUGAAUGUGUUGAAGUUAUUCAUAUGAAAAUGAUUGCAACUGCUUCCUUAGACAAAUAAGUAGCGUUAUGGGAUAUAUAAAAUGGAGAAAUCAAAAUUACUUUAUCACUGAAGGAUUUUGGUGGAAUUCAUAGUCUAGUCUAUUCAUAUUACUAUUAAGUAUUUAUUACUUGUGGUUAUUCUACUUAUAUUAAUGUUUAUGAUAUCAAUCCUAAAUAUCAUGAUGUAACUUAAAUUGGUAAAAUGACAGGUCAUACAUCUAUGUUGACUUCUAUUCUUAUGGUUGGUAAAUUACCUGUCUUAGUUUCUGGUGAUGAUAGUGGAUCAUUAAGAUUAUGGGAUAUUAGAACAUUUUCAUGUCUUUAAUCUCUUAAUUUUGGAAAAAAAACUUAAAUCACUAAAAUUCUAGAUAUGUCAGAUAUUAAUAUGUUAUGUUUUCUUGGAUCAAGAGUUAAUAUCCUAAAAUUAGAUAUCAGACAUAAUGAAGAAAUAGAGAAUUAUGCUGUAAAAGUAGAAUUCGAUUAAUAAAGAGAUGAAUUGAUUAUAGCUACUAAAAAAUAAAUUAUAUUUCUUGAUAUAUAUACAGGUAAAAUAAAAACAAUAUUAAAUGGCUUAUUAUCAGAAUUUGAGGAUGAUAUAACGUAAUUUAGACCUCUUAAUUAUUUUAAUAAAUUUAUAUUGUCAGAUUCUAAAGGUAAUACUAAGAUUUAUCAUCAUAAUGGUGAAUAUAUAUCUUCAUUAAAAGGACAUUCAGAUAUAAAUGUUUUAAAAUUAGAUAUUUUAAAUAAAUUAGUUAUUACAGCAUGUUAAGAUUGUAUUUUGAUUUAAAAGAUGAAUGGAGAAAUUCUAAGAGAAAUAACUCAUUUUGAAGCUUCUUAAUUAGAAUUAUCUGUUCAUCAUUCAUUGAUUUUAUUAUCAUAAGGAUCUACACUCUAUUAUAUAGAUUAUGAAUUUGUUAAAUGUUUAGGUGUGUUAGAAUUUGAUGCAGAGAUUACUAAUAUAAUAAUAAUUGCGAACUAUCCUUUAUUAGCAGUAUCUACUAUAUAAGGAAAGGUUAUAUUUGUUAAAUUCACCAUUAAAGAACAUAUUUAAGUAGAUUCUGAAUUGUUUGACAUGUAUGAUAUUGGUUCAAAUAAUUAUAUGACUGAAGAAAAUGAAUAAGAAUUUGUUAUUAAAAUGUUAUUUAAUCUUAAAGAGCUUGAACUAUUAUUUGCAACUUCUGAAAGCAAUAUAAUAAGAAUAGCUUUAGAUUUAGAUAAUCUACCUACUACAGAACCAAUUCACGAGAGAAUUAAUUACAAUCCUUUAAGAAAAGCAAGAGAAUAAUUGAUUUAAAGUGAAGGAUAAAAAUUUACAAUUCCUUAAAAUUUUACUAGCAUUAAAAAUUUACAUAUGUUUAAAGUUUCUAAAAAAUAGAUUAUCACUCUAAGUUUUUUAGAAUUAGAUAAUCGAUAUAUUCUAAUUUCUACUUCUGAUGGUCUUAUUUCAAUUUUUGAUUUGAUUGGAAAUAUCAUUGCUUUAUACAAUAUUAAUCAUCCCUUACCAAUCAAAUGGAAUAUAUAGUAUUCAAAAUAAGGAGAACUUAGAAAGAGAAUUAUUUAUGGUUUUAAAGUAAUUGAUAUUUUAAGAAAAUAAUCUAAAUCAGAAAAAGAGGCUGAAUAAUAUAGUUUAGUUGAAUCUUUGUCUGUCACUAACAAAAUCUAAUUCAAAUCACCAAGAUAAUAUAAUGCAACUGUUAUGAGAGAUGAAUUCAGUCCUAGAGAUCUUAAAUUCACUAAAAUAAGACAUCUAUAUUAAGCUGAAGUUUAAGGACCUACACUCAAAUAACUUGAAGCAUAAAGAAGAUUAUUAGAAGUUCAAAAUAUGUUUAAAGAUGAUUCCAAAGAUCCAAAGUUAGAUCUUAUGCUCAAAUAAAAAGAAAGAGAAAGAUAAAAGGCUAUCGAUAGAGCCAGUAAUUUAAAUUUCUUAGAUCCUGAAUUUAGAGAUAAAUCUUUACUAAAUACUAAAUUCUUUUAAAAUAGUUAAUAUCUUACUAAUUUAAAUUUAAGAUUAGAAAAUACAGAAAGAUAGGAUCAUUCCUAACAUACAAAUAAUAAUAAGGAAAUAAACAAUAAUAAAUAAAAUGUAUCUCUUCCUAUUACUAAUCGACAUCAUAAAUCAAUCACCAAAAAAAAAUCUGUUUCUGAUUUUUACUAAUAUGCUGUUGAAAAAAACUUAAUUAAUAAUGACCAAAAUACUAUUGAUACUUUUGCAUCAUAGAGUAGUCUAAGACCUAUUUAAAUAAGUACUAAUAGAUAAAUGAAAUCUAUUGGGUCUUCCUAAUUAUCUAGUGAUUUAACAUGGCAUGGAUAGCAUAGAUAAUAAUAAAAGGAUUUAUCAACAGUUCUCCAUAAUUUAAAUCAAAAACUUAGACUUAGUAAAAAUGCUCAGAUCAACGAACCAAUUUUAAAGGAUAUCUCUAAAUCUGAUAUUACAUUUGAAGAAUAAAUUGAUGAAUUUACAAAACGACAUAAACUUAAAUGA